AUGGCGACGGCCGCGCAGGUGUCCUCAUUCCUCGGCGUCGUCCACCGACACGGCAUUAAGGAACUCGACACCGCUCGCGUCUACAAUGCCGGGAAAUCCGAAGAGCUCCUCGGUGCAGUCUCCGCCCACUCACGCUUCGCAGUAUCAACCAAAGCGCCCGCCUUCGCCCCAGGCUCUCUCUCGGAGCGGAACAUCCUCGACAACUGUGCCAAGACUACAAGCCUCGAAGAGCAAUGCCGCGCGAUCAAUACGCUGCAUCGCGAAGGUCGGUUCGAUCGCUUCGGCGUCUCGAAUAUCUCGGACGCAGAGGUCCAGGAGAUGUACGACAUCUGUGUGCGUGAGGGCUACGUACUGCCGACGGUGUAUCAGGGCGGGUAUAAUCCUAUCGGACGCGGACCGGAGAAGACGCUGUUCCCUCUGCUCAGGAAGCUCGACAUGUCGUUCUACGCCUUCUCGCCGCUCGCAGGCGGUCUGCUGGCGAAGCCGUUGUCUGACAUACCGACCCGGCUAAAGGGACGCGGUUCAAGGAGAUGA